CGUGGCCCUGCGCACAAACGCGGCCUCGGACCCCAGGACGAAACCCGGCCGGAGCGGUUCAGGACCUUCCAGAAAGACCGUGGCACUUGAGCCGGGGCUGCGUCAGGAGCGUCUCGCUGCCCUUCACGCCCGGACUCGCAGCAGCAGCGGCAUUGGCCCAGGAGGGAGCCUUGGCCAGCGAGUCUCGGGCCUCAGUGGCGCAGGGGCGCGGAGGGCUUCGAAGAAAGACAGGGUCCCCAGUCGGUCUCGGCGCUCACGGUCCGCUCGGCCGCGCCUUCGCGCCCUCCCGCCCCUACGUGCCCCGCGGCGCCGGCGAACAGGCGGCCACGCGGACUCGCUGGCGGGGACGGGGUUCUGAGCCGCACUGCGCAUGUCCCGCAGUCAGGCCGGCAGAGGCGGUGGUUCCCGGCCGCGCGCCGCGCGCCGCGCGCAUUAGUAAUUGUCCUGCUCCCGGGAGGCGAGGGCGCGUGGGGCGCGGCUUCUGGGUGGCUGUGCCGUGGUCCCCCCGACCGAGGGGCGUCCGGGCCGAUGAGUUCGCCGCUUCCCCGUGCCCUGUAGGGGUUUCGAGACAGAGAGAGAAGCACGGGCCGGUUCCGAGCCCUCCGGACCGCUUGUGGGGAACUGAACCUGCACGCGGGGCCGGAACGUGGAACUGCGAGGCCGCGGAGAGGGAGGUGCAAUGGCGAGGAGUUUACCCUUAAUCUUCAUCCUGACCUUCACUCUGUCAGUCACAAAUCUCCUUCAUGAAGUAGAAUCAGCGACUGCUCUCCCUCAGACCACGGAGAAAAUUCCAAACUGGGAAUCUGGCAUUGAUGUUGAUUUGGCAGUUACCACCCAGCGACAUCAUCUACAGCAGCUUUUCCAUCGCUAUGGAGAAAAUAAUUCUUUGUCAGUUGAAGGGUUCAGAAAGUUACUUCAGAAUAUAGGCAUAGAUAAGAUUAAAAGAGUUCAUUUACACCAUGACCAUGAGCAUCACUCUGACCAUGAGCAUCACUCCGACCAUGAGCAUCACUCCGACCAUGAGCAUCACUCUCACCGUAAUCAUGCUGCUUCCGGUAAAAAUAAUCGGAAAGCUCUUUGCCCAGACCAUGACUCUGAUAGUUCCAGUAAAGACACUAGAAACAACCAGGGGAAAGGAUCUCGCCGAUCAGAACAUGCCAAUAGUAGAAGGAAUGUUUUAAUCAAAGAUGGUGUUGGUGCUAGUGAAGUGACCUCAACUGUAUAUAAUGCUGUCUCUGAAGGAACUCAUUUUCUGGAGACAAUAGAAACUCCAAAACCUGGAAAGCUCCCUAAAGAUGUGAGCAGUUCCACUCCACCCAGUAUUACAGAAAAGAGCCGGAUGAGCCGGCCCGCUAGGAGAAAAACAAAUGAAUCUGUGAGUGAGCCCAGAAAGGAGUUUAUGUAUUCCAGCAACACAAAUGCAAAUACUCAGGAGGCGACUGAUGUAACUUUCUACCUAGAAGUAAGCAGAGAGUGUUUCAAUGCGUCAAAGCUGCUCACAUCACAUGGCAUGGGCAUCCAGGUUCUGCUGAAUGAAAUGGAGUUCAACUAUCUCUGCCCAGCCAUCAUCAAUCAAAUUGAUGCUAGAUCGUGUCUGAUUCAUACAACGAGUGAAAAGAAAGCUGAAAUCCCUCCAAAGACCUAUUCUUUACAAAUAGCCUGGGUUGGUGGCUUUAUAGCCAUUUCCAUCAUCAGUUUCCUGUCUUUGCUGGGUGUUAUCUUAGUGCCUCUCAUGAAUCGGGUGUUUUUUAAGUUUCUCCUGAGUUUCCUUGUGGCAUUGGCUGUUGGGACAUUGAGUGGUGAUGCUUUUUUACAUCUUCUUCCACACUCUCAUGCAAGUCACCACCAUAGUCACAGCCAUGAAGAAACAGCAAUGGAAAUGAAGAGAGGGCCACUGUUCAGUUAUCUGUCUUCUCAAAACAUAGAAGAAAGUACCUAUUUUGAUUCCACAUGGAAGGGUCUAACAGCUCUGGGAGGCUUGUAUUUAAUGUUUCUUGUUGAACAUGUACUCACGUUGAUCAAGCAAUUUAAAGAUAAGAAGAAAAAGAAUCAGAAAAAAACUGAAAAUGAUGAUGACGAGGAGAUUAAGAAGCGGUUGUCCAAGUAUGAAUCUCAACUUUCAACAAAUGAGGAGAAAGUAGACGCAGAUGAUCGACCUGAAAGCUAUUUACGAGCAGACUCACAGGAGCCCUCCCACUUUGAUUCUCAGCAGCCAGCAAUCUUGGAAGAAGAAGAGGUCAUGAUAGCCCAUGCACACCCACAGGAAGUCUAUAAUGAAUAUGUACCCAAAGGGUGCAAGAAUAAAUGCCACUCGCAUUUCCAUGAUACACUGGGCCAGUCAGAUGAUCUCAUUCACCACCAUCAUGACUACCAUCAUAUUCUUCAUCACCACCACCACCAAAACCACCACCCCCACAGUCACAGUCAGCGCUACUCUCGGGAGGAGCUGAAAGAUGCUGGCAUUGCCACACUGGCAUGGAUGGUGAUAAUGGGCGAUGGCCUGCACAAUUUCAGUGAUGGCCUAGCAAUUGGUGCUGCUUUCACUGAGGGUUUAUCGAGUGGUUUAAGUACUUCUGUUGCUGUGUUUUGUCACGAGUUGCCUCAUGAAUUAGGUGACUUUGCUGUUUUACUAAAGGCUGGCAUGACUGUUAAGCAGGCUGUUCUUUAUAAUGCUUUGUCAGCCAUGCUGGCAUAUCUUGGAAUGGCAACAGGAAUUUUCAUUGGUCAUUAUGCUGAAAAUGUUUCUAUGUGGAUAUUUGCACUUACUGCUGGCUUAUUCAUGUAUGUUGCUCUGGUUGAUAUGGUACCUGAGAUGCUGCACAAUGAUGCUAGUGACCAUGGAUGUAGCCGCUGGGGAUAUUUCCUUUUACAGAAUGCUGGGAUGCUUUUGGGAUUUGGAAUAAUGUUGCUUAUUUCCAUAUUUGAACAUAAAAUUGUGUUCCGUAUAAAUUUCUAAUUAGGGUAUAAAUGGUAGAGUAGCUUAAAAAAAUGCUGUCUAUAGUUUGAAUAGGUCAUAGGGAGAUGAGAGUAGUUACUGUGAUAUUCAGCAUUUAAAGUAAGUGGAUUUUGUGAUUUUUGUAUGGAAUAUUGCCAUUUGUUAUGCUUAUAAGGUCAGUUUUGGUGGUAACCUAAAGGUACAUUUUAAUAUUUAAGUUAUUCUAUUUGGGGAAUAUAAUCUAUAUAUAUGCAAUUUACCGGUUUUACCAGUCUAUUGUAUAAACAAGAGAUUUGGCAUGACAUGUUCUGCAUAUUUCAAGAAAAAUGUCUUUAAUGUUUUUUCUAGAAUUAAUUUAACAGUAAUUCCCAUGCUGGAUUUUAGGGCUCCAUAGAACUGCUUGUGUUCAGGAGUAAGAAUACUCAUGAAGCCUAAGAUGCCAAUAAAGCUUGUACUGAAUUUAAGUUAAGAAAUAAGGAGGGGCAAAAAAUAUGUGAGGAUUAAGACAUAAAUUUAUUUUUAAAAAAAUCACACAAGUGUUUGUAAAAUAGAAGGAAAAUUUAGAUUUAAAUUAAAAAGGCAAUAUUAGUAUAGAGCACAUGUGUAAACAUUUUUGUCAGAGUAUUAAUGUUCCCAUAAAACCAUAGUAAGCACUUUUUACUAAUUUAGUUGUACAUUUAACUUUAUAAUGGAAACAUCUAAAUAUAAUUAAUUAAUACAAACACUAUACCACUUGACCAAAAAAUUUAAAUUUUAAAAUAUUUGUGUGGAGAUAUACCAGAUGAGUGUGAGCAAGUUUCUGUAUUGCCAGAAGAUUUAGACAUCACCAAGUUACGUAUUACCCGAAGUUGUAAUUGGCUAGUUACCUGGUUUACCAAAUGUCAGCGUAUUAGGACUUUGAGAAAAGGACGUUAAAACCAUACUGAGUUUAUUUUGACUCUGGAUUCAGGAAGUACUUUGGUAUCGUUCAGUGCUUCAGUGUUUUCAUUAUGACAUGUUUAUAUACAGUAUAGUACUUUAGACAUACUAGGGCUGUCUGUGGAAUUCUUUAGAUGUUGCUUUUCUACAAAAUAAAAUCCCCAUGUCAUCUUGA